AUCACUUUGUUAUCGUUAUCUCGACUUCUGAACACGGCAAGACAUGGACGAUACUGAUUGUACCACAGAAGAAUCGACAGUCGAACAUAGUCAGCAGGAGACUCACAGCGUUGCCAGUACUAGUGACCAUACGCAUUCAUUUCAAGCAGCAAAGACACCGACCCUUUGUAGUCUGAUACUUACAACGCUUCGAGAGCCAACGGAUUCCGUCGAUAGUGGAUGGUCGUGGGUCAUAUGUGCUUGCUCUUUCGUAUCCAAUUUCGUUGUGUUGGGCACAUUGGCAUCCUUUGGUGUUCUCUACACAGGAUUAUUAGAAUUCUACACCAAGUCUAACACAACCAAUGGCGGCUACUGUGACACAAACAAGAAUGAGAGUGGAAUAAGUGCAGUUACUGCUUGGAUUGGAAAUCAAGCUGUGUUUCUUACGUUUUUGCUUGCCCCAUUCUCGACCAGUCUUGUUGCUCGAUGGGGAGUGAGGCCUGUGACGAUGACCGGAUCUGCAUUCGUUUCUGCUGGAGCAUUUCUUACUGCAGCAACGAAUGAGAUAUGGCAGGCAAUUCUGACUUAUGGCGUAAUUCUAGGUGUAGGAGCUUCAUUAUCUGUAAUCCCUGUGACUGGAAUACUUCCGGCUUACUUCAACAAGAGGACGUCGCUUGCUAUGUGCAUAGCUCGGUCUGCUCUUUGGGUGGCCGGACUGGCUAUGGUUCCAAUUAACCAAACUAUUUUGGAUCAUUAUGGUUGGAGGGCAGUCUGCAUAUUUAUUGGAAGCUACAGUUUGUUGUCGUUUGUGUCUGGACUGUUGAUACGGCCUCGUGUGCAACAGAAUAAGCAAAAGUUGACAGUGAAGCGAAUCGUGGUUCAAGCUUGUAAUACACAACGACAUCUUCGAUUUUCAGUCUGGCUGUGGUUGACGUCACUUCACUACUUCUCAGUGUAUCUUGUCCUUCAUCAUUUGAUUCGUCAUGCUGAAUGCUCAGUUGGAGCGUCUGGCAGGGAUGCAGCACUAUUACUGAUCUACACAUCAGUGUGCGGGGCAGUGUCAGGUGUUCUUGUGGGCUACAUUGGCGAUUACGUGAGCAACAGGAUAAUGCUCUUGCAGUUGAUUAUGUUUUCGUCUGGAAUCGUAAACAUUUGUUUUCCAUUCUUCAAGACUUACAGUGAACUUGUCGGAUAUUCGAUUCUGGUUGGUGUGUUUGGAUCAUUUCGGAUGCUAGUCGCUGUCAUUCCUCGGGAUAUAGUCGGACUGGAAGAGAUUGUCAAUGCUUGGGGAAUAUACUCAUUGAUUGCUGGUGUGGUGGCUGCUGCUGGGCCACCAUUCGGCGGAUGGAUAUAUGACUUUACUGGCUCGUACAAUACUGCUUUUGUGGUUUGUGGUUGUCUGUCAGUGAUUUCUAGUUUAUCAAUGUUCUCUGACAUUUAUCUCAAGAGAAGACAGGAAGAAAAGUUGAACAAGAAGGAGAAACUUGAAUCAGGUAGUGAGAGUGCUGUGGUAUCGUUUGAGACAUCUGUGUAAUUGUACACAGUGUUUGAAAUAAGAUUGUUUUGGAAUUGGCGAUUGA